AUGGCGGUCGAGGCUGCCCCAGCGACGGAAAAUGCCACCGGGGAAGUUGCAAGACAUCCCCUGCAACAUAGGUGGGCGCUGUGGUACGACAACGCCAAGCUGAAGGCAGCAACGGAGACGUGGGCGGACAACCUCAAGCACAUCCUGGCGUUCGAGACCGUUCAAGAGUUCUGGGCACUCUUCAACAACGUCAUGCCGCCCAGCAUGCUAUCGGUGCAGAGCAACUACAGCGUGUUCAAGGAGGGUGUCAAGCCGAUGUGGGAGGACACGGCAAAUCGGCAGGGGGGGAAGUUCGUGCUUACCGUGAAGGGGGAAGACCUGCCGCAGUUGGACCAGUGGUGGCUGCACGCGGUGCUGUCCGCUAUCGGGGAGACGUUAGAGUCGGAGACCGAUCCGGAGGUGUGCGGCCUGGUGGUCAGCUUGCGCAAGGGGCAGCACCGCAUAGCGCUUUGGACCAAAACCUGCGAGGAGUCGAGGGUGGUUCCGGUCGCGAAGAAGCUUAAAGAGGCCCUCAAGCUCCCGGCGCGAUUGAAGUUCGUGUUCCAGACCCACAGCGACGCCGUGUCUUCCCUGUCCAGUUUCCAGAACGCGUCGCGAUUCGAGGUUUGAGUAAGGACGGAGACUAGCGUGGCAAGACCUUGCAUGUGCUGCCGCUGCGUUUGCUGGCAGUGCGGCACGGGCAAAGCUAUUUCAUUGGUCGGCGCGAAGCUGCAAGGACAGAUGGUCGUGAUUGUCGAUACUCCCUGGCAUC